AUGUCAUCACAAGAUUCUAAAGAUAAUUUGAAAAAUCUAUCCCCAGUGACUGAAGAUAAGAAAAAGAAGAAGACUUCGCCAUUAAAGUUGGCACCGAUACCAACUACGUCGCCGUGGAAAUCAGCUUCUCCGGAAAGUACUACAGUACUGCCGGUCGAAGAGUUGAAGGACAUACCAAAGGCGUCAAAGCCGAACAAGAAUAGCGCAGGAUCGAUCAAAUUAACUAGCAAUACAAAAUGGACUCCAAUUACACCUUCCGUUAUAAUUUCAGGAUCCAAGAGCUCCAAUUCAAAUUCAGGAAAAAACGCUAAGAAUAGUAAAAAUAAUAAAACAAUGAAAAAACAUAGCAAAAACAAUAAAAGUUUUGGUGAAAAGCUUCCCCACGGUCAGCCUAGUGCUUCUUCCGAAGCACAUAAGGUCCUUAAUGUCGAACCCAAGUCUUUCGAUGGUGACGUUACAUUAAACAGAUAUUCAAGCUCAGAAAUUUCUGCUGGUGGCAAAAAUGAGAAAACCACGAAUGGCAAAAACUCAUCUAACGGUAGGCAAUCAAAAAACUAUCAUAAUAAAAGUGGCAAAACAAGACACAACAACGAACAUCACGGCUUCGGAUACAACAGAACGGUUCGUCAUGGUAACUCUUUUCAUCAAUCAAGAUCCGGACAUACUCCAAGUACCAGUCACUUACUAAACAAUAAUUUCGGGUCCGCCUAUAACCAAAAAUCGCAUUUCAAUCCACAGCAAUAUUACAAUAACUACAACUAUCAACAACUGCAGACAUCCUAUUAUUAUUCGAUGGAGCCUAUUUUCAAAUCUAUCGAAAACAUUAAAAACCAAAUUGAAUUUUAUUUCAGUGAAGAGAACUUGAAAAACGAUGAAUUCUUGAGAUCUAAAUUUAGCAAGACUAACGAUGGGUUUAUACCCAUGAGUUUGAUAGGAAAAUUCUAUCGUAUGGUCAAUUUAUCUUUGGGUGGUGACUUAAAUCUGAUUCUGGCAUCCAUGAAAGAAGUUCUAAACAAUAAAGAAACAAACCAUCUGGAAAUUGCCUUUGGAAGUAUAGAAGGUACCCAGACGAGAACACCAUUUCAAUUUAAUCCACUAGAGAACUACUUUAUCAGGCGUACAAACUGGUCAGAUUACAUCACGGGGACUGAUACUGACGAGAGUGAUGAGAGUGAAAAAUAUACAAUUGAAAGCAUUCUAGAAGUGGGAGACUUGGAUAACUAUUCUUAUAUGGGCUACUCGAGCUUCCCCUCGACGAGUGUGAAUGAUAAAAAGAGCCAAACUCACGAUGAAAGUGAAGUGAACAGAGAGUUCGAGCAAAACUUGCAAAUAAAUGAUUAA